AUGCCGACUGUGGAUGUCAUGGACGCCUUAGGGCUCAUACUUCUUUUGCGGUUAGCAAAAGUGGAAAGCCCGUUGAGUUGCCUGGAGCGGUAUUUUGCGAUGAACCAGUUCGUGCUUGAUCGAUGGUUCCAUGUCCUUCCCAUGACUCCGGGCCUGGGAAAACCUGCGUACUUGAAACUGUGCCCCGAGAUGAAAGUUCUGCACAGAGCCUGCUGUCACAGCAAAGGUCAGUUGUUGGAAGCUGUGCAAGGCAGCGAUUCCACCGAGCGUGCUGACAAAGACCACAUUGCCUUCUCGAGGGACUACUUCACAGCACCCGUGGUUUGUGGACAGGACCGCCUGGAAGAGCAAUUCCCACAGGUGCAUAACCUGGCGCAGUGGAGCCGGCUUUUCCUGAACAAGGACUUCAACCUGGCACGGAUCAGCCUUCCGGUGGUCGGGCAGUUCAUCGUGUGCUAUUGCAUCGGCAAUGUGGGCAAAGAAUGCGAUGUGACCAAAGAGUACGAGUUCAAGGCUGGUCGCUUGCACGUGGUGGGCCCCAACGCACGCAGCACCGUCUAUGCACUGGCUGGGGUGCCCUUCGACUUGGCACUCUUCGGUGCGGCGUUCCGGCUCACCGACCGGAUCCGCCUGAUCCGGAUGAACGAAACCUGCGGAGCUGGAGGAGAGACUCCGGUGGACGACAUGCUGCCCUUUGUGCGCGUGCCGGGGAACAGUUCUUUGAAAGCUGGCCUUGGCCCUUGGGACGAAGGCACUGAGACCUACCAGGUUUGGCGCGACCUGAUCAUUGAUGAGGCCACCGAGUUGAAGGUUUGCUGGUGCGACGUGGCGCCCUGUCCUUACGACUCCCACUUUAAAGUGGAAGCCAUGUACCUCUCCGUUGGAGGCCCCACACAGAAGACCCAGGUGGUCGAGUUUGGACAACGCUUCGACUUACUCUUAGAAGGCCCUGGUGGCUUCAAGGCGGCCGACCGCGUGCGGCUGCAAGACGCCCAAGUGCCCUGCAACAGCCCACAGCGCCGAGCGGACUUGGAGGACGCCUUGCCUUUGGACGCCACGCCGUGUGAGAUCUCGGCCACCUCAGUGAGGUGGUGCGGAGUGAAGAUUCCCCUCUCGGCGCCCUCCUCGCUGGUCGCCUGUUGGUGUGGUGCCUUAGGCGGUUUCAACGCCACCAACUACACGGGCGUUCCAGCGGUUUGGCUCACGGUGAAUCCUGGGCCUCCGCUGCAGACCGAUGCCGGUCCGGUCUACAGGAAGGGCUUCUGCCCACGAGUGCAGAAGUACGGGAGCUGCAAAUACUGUGAUGGCGAUGAUGGUAAAGGAGGUGGAAAGGACGGCAAGGGCUCUUGGGGUGGAAAGGACGGAAAAGGCUGGAGCCCAUCUGGCGGUGGAUGGGAUGGAGGAAAAGGCUGGGGUGGAGGAAAAGGCUGGAGUCCAGGAGCCUACAGCGGCCCUGGAGGAGUGUGGAAUCAGUUCUUGAAGUGGAACAGUGGGAAAGGGAAGGGCAAGGAUCAGCGGAAGAAGAUUGAUCCCAGUCGAACCAUUUGGGUCGGCAACAUCCCUCCAGACACCAAGUUCCAGGAGCUGAAGAGCCACGUGGAGCUGUCCGGCGUGGUGCCCCUUUGGGCGGAGGUCUAUUCGGGAAAAGGUGCCGGCACCGGCGCGAUCGGCUUCAAAACGGAGCAAGAGGCUGCGGAGGCCGUGAUGGCGGCGAUGGACUGA